AUGAUGGGCGCGACGCGACUGGGCGCCGCCGCCCUUUUCGGUUUGGGCCUCUACGGCCUGGCGGACUCUCACGCCCUCCCGCGCGCGCAGGACGAGGGCUUCUUGUCGUGGACUCCGGCGCAAGAAACCGCCCAGAGGGUCUUUAUCAAGCACUACGCGGCUCCCGAGCCCACUGCUCCUCCUGCGCCGCGCAUCGUCGAGGCCCAGCUGGCUAAGCGACAAUCUCCUGGCCAGCUCUGCGGCUUUAUUAACGGUGAUAUCUUCUCGUCAGUUGGGUGCGUUAGGGGUUAUGAGUGCGCCUAUGACGAUAUUGCUAGCGUCGUUGGGUGCUGCCCGCCCACCGGACUCUGCGAUCUGAUCGGUGAUUGCUACGCCUUCACUCAAUCAAGGCAGUAUUCCGCUCUCCCGUCGUUAUCGCAGAUUAGCGCCCUGUACUGUUCCCGGGUUGGCAUGUCCAAUUGUGCCACCUUUAUCUACAGCGGAGGCAGCGUCGACGGCAUGUCUGCCUUUGGGUGCACCAGCGUGAAUACCGUCCUCACAGUCUUCGAGGAGCCGGGCGGCACGGACGGCGAUGUCGGCGUGGGAAGAAGCACCGCCAGCACCCCUACUAUCCCGUUUGGAACUCUGGGUGUCACGCCCACCCGAGGGUCCAACAGCGACGCCACGUCGUCAUCCGACGAUGGUGACGAUAACGACGACGGCAACGACGAUGACGAUUCCGAGAGUGCGGGCGCGAAAUCAGGUAGUUCUGGAUCCAAGUCAAAUAAUACUGGCAAGAUUGUGGGCGGCGUUGUGGGCGGAGUCCUUGGCAUUGUCCUUCUAGGCGUCGGCGCGCUCUUCCUCUGGAGGAGAAAGAAUGCCGCCGACUCGGACACAACUGUGCCGCCGGUACAGGAGCAACCUUACCCACCACAGCAAGGCUGGGCGCAGCAGCCCCAGCAGUUUCAGCAAGUACCGAUGCAGCAGGCGCCGCCGCCGCCCGUUACCCCGGGCUCGGAAUACCCGCAGGGCCCCUAUCCACCGCCCCCGUAA